AUGAACUUGCCUCCCACUCAUCUGGUUCUACAGGUCUACAUGACAGGAGACGGUGAAGGCCUGGUACCGUCGGAGUCGGCAAUUAUAGCUGCUGUCGACGAGGAGGCAGAGACGACAGAGGUUGCAGGGGAGCGGGGAUCUGAUUCAGCCCCAUAUUCGGUAUUAGCCACCUACACACUAGGCAAUACGUAAUGUACUAUGAUAGCUGUGCAUAGGGCACACAAGUCUCCGAAAAUGGGUUUUUGAAAUCGUCACUGGAAAGGUCAGGCCGUGAAAACGUCUAAUAAUAAAAGUAAACAUCGCAUCAAUUCGGGAUGUAAGUACCCGCAAAGGUGGCGCACGAGGAGGCAUAAGUCGUUGUCAGGCGAAUAAUUUCAGAAAUUAUUCAAUGCAGGACAUGGAAUGAAGUCUUCGAGACGUGACUUUCUAGGGUCGGACCCGAAAUUUUAACGAACAUUCGAGUCGAAGGCAAUCGACUACUGUGAAAUAACCACGUAAUGCCCAUUUUACAAACAAGUAGUACUAUGAUUAUUGUGAAAUCUGUAUAGUAAAAGGCAUUAUGCCAUACCUACUCGUUUGGUAGGAAAUCACAUUGUCUUUACAUUUUAUAUCCUAAGAAAGGUUGCCGUUCGGUUUUAAAAAGUUUCUGAUUAUGAGAUUUUUAAGACCGUGCAAUGUCCAUUCCUACGGCAUCGUGCAUGUCCGUUCAUCAAUGCUCCUCAUGAAAUGUACAACAUAGCCCCCAUCCAUUGCAAAAUGUUAUGAACUCUAUAUGACAUAGAGGAGUAUAUGAUUUUGCCCACGCAGAAAGCAUACACUUUGUAGACUGAAAUCGCUAAACGCUAGUGAACCCUCUGAUCUGGCUCGAAAUUAUUCGAAAAUUGAGAGACUUCUUCGAAACCUACUUAUAAAUUUCCUUCGGGUAAACAAUGCAAGGGCAAUGUGAUUUCCUGCCAAGCGAGUGGAAGAAAGCAUCUUUUUGUGCAUUCUUUCUGCAAAAUAUAUUUGAAUCUAUAAGAUCAUCGAAAAUUAAUGUGAAAAAUGCAUGCCACUUAAGUAGUUAAUUUUUGCUGAGUGUGGUUUCUGCAGGAGAGCGAAAGGGAUUACAUUGCAAUGCCGACAUCCUGACGAGUUCGGAAUACUAUAGAAUUAAGCCGCAAGAUAAUCAGUAUUCCAAUCCCACUUAAGUGAUCCCUCCUAAGUGAAAACGAAUUUCAGAAUUUCGGUCAACAUUUCAUGAGAUCGGUCACGCAAUGUACGGUCGCCAACAACUAUUGAACACCGUCAGGAGAAGAAGAAGACCAUUGCAGGUCAAAAGAACUGCAUCUGUGGAAAAACAUUGCAACUCAAAAUCAACAGAUGGUGUAGCAUUUUGGUGCCCCAAAUGCCGAAAAAAGGAAAUCUAGAAGGAACCAACCUAUUUUUGACAAUAGUCGGCUUCCAAUAUUGACAGAACUAAAAAUCGCACUGGGCUUCGUUUGGGGCACGCCAGUGACAGAAUGUGCAGAUACGGUUUGGUAGAUCGCGUACAACAGGAGUCUCAUAGUACGCCAUGCUCUGUCAGUUACCAGUGUCAAGAACAAUGAGAUAUGGUAGGAGUCCUAUUGCAUAGCUCACUGCUCUCGUAAACUGCAGUUGUCCAGAUCAUCCAGAUUACGCAAGGACGAUCAACGUCAGUAUUUCACCAUCAUACCCGCAAAAGCCAUCGCAUGCCGGUAAAGUAAAUGAAUAAUAACUAAUUUUCUCGGAAGACCGUUGGGGGUUCCGUCACAGCAAAUAGAUAAAAAAAUUCCAGAAAAUUUUUGAGCAAGUAGAAGGAUUCUGCUUAUUAUUCAGUUUUGGGUUGUAGAAUAAACACGACACGACAGUUAGAAGGUGGGUACAACUGACAGACGGAUAUCGUUUCACAUCAAAAUUUCAUAGUGUCAGAAAACCCUAGGAGACACCAACUUCAAUGACUGUAUUUUUUCUGCAUGUUUUAGGGUCAAUGAGUGGAUCAGUAGACCAGACCGGCAAACACCAGCAUGUGGAACGAAGUUCAGAAGACAAGCGCAUAAAAAGGCAUAUACGGCCGCCGGCAGUUAUUGGGUACUGUCGAGAGAGGCGUAUCAUCGCGCGGCAAAGGAAUUGCAUCUGCGGAAAACCAAUGCAUGUAAAAACCUUUCGUAAACCAACAGAUGGUGCGGCAUUUCGUUGCCCCAAAUGCCGAAAGACGAAGUCGAUAAGAAAUCGGUCAAUAUUUUGCAAUAGUCGGCUUCCAAUAUCGACAAUAUUAAGAAUUAUACUAGGUUUCGUUUAGGGCACACUGGCGACGGAACGUGCAGAUAAGAUUGGCAUAUGGCGUACAACAGGAGUCUUAUGGUACGCCGUGUGCAGAAGUGUGUGCUCAGAUGCCCUUCGACGAGAUGUCACCCAAGUAGGUGGUAAGGGCAAAGCGAUCCAGGUUGACGAAACUUUGGUUAGGCGAAGAAAAUACCACGUCGGAGGCCGAAAACGGCAGGACUGGGUAAUCGGUAUGUACGAUACUGAUCGCAUGUGAGUGUAGGGAAUAGUUCUAAACGCCCGUACUGGCGAACAUGAGCAAUUGCAUCUUGAGGGUACUCAUGCGUAUGACAUUGACUACUGAUGUCUGUGAAUGGCAGGAUCCUUAGCCUUCCAACGGUAGUUGUAUUACCGUCAAGCAAAUGAAUGCAUUUUUUAAAGCGCAGUUUGGUCUGAUUCAAGAUGAUGAGAAGCAGGCGUUCUGUUUCCACAAUGUACUAGUGAAACAGUUGACGGUAUUUCGGAAGGGGAUUACUUACACUCUGCGAAUCAUUAAUCAGUAGGAGUGGGAGUUCAUUGCGCUGAAUUUCAUGUGCGUUUCCUCAUCGCUGGCUAGACUUAACAUCUUAAGGUUGAAGUUAUAUCCAUCGGACCCAUCACGAAAAAAUAAGUGGAUACUGCAAGGCCUCGUAACGCCAAUGAGUUUCUGAAACUCUUGUCAGUUGAUUGUUUCGCCGAUGAAGAACAAUAUCUCUACGUUGAAAUUGACCUCCGACUAUAACAGUUGUCACUGUUAAUCGAAUAGAAGGCAGCUACGUCUUGCAAGAAUGUCCGCCCUGUCUGCAGAAUUCCGAUGCCAGUUAGUUUAUACCACAGGUGAUGCUGCACUUCCUCCAGGUAUGCCCAUAGACUGCUUCCGUUCAGGGAGCCGCUCCUUCGUUCAGAUCGUUUUAACCGACUCCAAUAUGCCUCAUUGACAUUGGUAUGUUUGCCAGUUGUCGGAUCGAUAAAGUUCCUUGAGUGAUUUGCUGUGAAAUGGGUGUAGCCCAGUGUCGCGAGGGGGGCAUAGCCUUUCCACUUAUCGGUUACAAUGAGACGUCCGGGUACAACCCACUUCCUAAUGAUAGUGGUAACAGAGGAGGCCGCACUUCGGUCAUUAACUUGCUCAAGUACGGCUCUUUUGCGAUCAGUAGCGUACACACCGAUUACCCAGUCCUGCCGUUUUCGGCCUCCGACUUGGUAUUUUCUUCGGUUAACUAAAUUUUCGUCAACCUGGAUCGCUUUACGCUUACCACCUACUUGAGUGACUUCUCGUCGAAGGGCAUCUGAGCACACACUUCUGCACACGGCGUACCAGAAGACUCCUGUUGUACGCUAUAUGCCAAUCUUAUCUGCACGUUCCAUCGCCGGUGUGCCCCAAACAAAACCUAGUAUAAUUCUUAAUAUUGUCGAUAUUGGAAGCCGACUGUUGCAAAAUAUUGACCGAUUUCUUAUCGAUUUCGUCUUUCGGCAUUUGGGGCAACGAAAUGCCGCAGAAUCUGUUGGUUUACGAAAGGUUUUUACAUGCAGUGGUUUUCCGCAGAUGCAAUUCCUUUGCCGCGCGAUGAUACGCCUCUCCCGACAGAGCAGGGGCCAAAUAGGCGGCCACAGUGAUAAAAUAUCUCUAGGUGGGUCGGGUACAACGGGAUGGCGGUUUUGAGGGGAAGAACGGGCGGGGUAAACAGCAGAGGACACUAGAUUGACGGCUGAAUGUAGAAAAAAUGUUGGAAAUUGUAGGUAAAUAAUUAUUUGUUUUAAUAAAAUGAAAAAUACUGGAGGAUGGCGUGCAAAUAGGGAGUACCGUAGGCAAUACUCAAUCACAGGUGGGUUAGCAGGGGACGUGAUGUGAUUGGCGGCCGGGGCGAGAAAACCGGAACCGCCAAGCGGCUAACCAAUGGGAUCGUUGGCGCCACACUUGGUGUGGUGUGCAUCAGAUGCACGGGAAGCAGACGAUGCGCAAGCGGGACGCAAAGGGGACAGCGAUGUACUACGGUUGGGUAAGAGUGAUAGAAUAAACUGCUUAUGACAAUUGCGUCACUUCCCAGCCCCUUACUAACCCCCUCCUCACCCCCUCCCUAUUUGUUAUAUCGGUGAUCUCCACCGCAUCCACCGUUUAAUACGCAUAACGCGAAAAAUGUUUAGGAUACCUGGACGUACUCCAACGCCACCGCACCAACCUACAGCAAGUCGGCAAACUCCCGAACUUGGCGGCCGCUGUGUGUAAGUUCGCUGUUUUACGAGAUUUGUAGGUAUCCAUGAUGGGAGCAGUUUGUAGACCUACGUAACCCUUUUAAUUUAAAAUUUAACCGCAGAGCAUAUUGCCCGGUGGGUAUAAGUUGUGUGAGAAAAUGCGGAGAAAGUUACGGUCUGUGCGAGUAGUUAGCACAGACCGCAUGAUGGUCUACUAUCUAUAAGCAACCGGUAAUUCAACGAAACCUCAUUGUUAGGUGUACCAUGAUAUAUCUAGGCACACAUAAGGGAAAAGAGGGGUAGGGGAUAUGUAUAAGUUGACAGCAGCAGUAUCGUAAACUCCUACAGUUCUAUAUCUAGAUCGUCACCGAAUGCAGGCGGACGUAGGCGCGGUCCUCAGCGGAUUAUACCGACGGCCGAGGAUGAAAUACAAGCUGUCCUUCUGUCAGCAGGUGUCGUUCAGUACCUGCAGCGGUGGUGGUUGCUGGCCACCACAUUAGCAUGCCGAUGUCCGCGUACUGUGCAGAUGCAAGUGUUGCCGCAGCAUACAGACGGUUAUGCAUUCCGUUCUGGACACUGCAGACGGAGGCGGUGCCUGCGGACGGGGUCAAUGUGCGUUGGUAGCAAGCUCAUUCUGCAGACACUGAUGCGUAUAUGCUACAAGUUUGUCGAAGGUGUGCGGGCCAAGCGGUGUGCGGCAAGUGUAGGUGUCAGUAGAAAUACUGCCAUGGAAUGGUACGGCAUUUGCCGCGGGACCUGCUCACACGCACUUCUAUCAGCCGUAACCCAAAUUGGGGAACCAGGCGUGGAAGUACAGAUAGACGAGACGCUCAUAAGUCGCCGCAAGUAUAACAGGGGACGACCGCGGCGCCAGUUGUGCGUCGUCGGUAUGUACGAUACACGCAGACGGAAAGCCCUAUUUGAGCAGGUUAACAACCGCAGCUGGGAGGCCCUAAGGCCCGUCAUAAGGAAGUGGGUGGCUGCUGGUAGUGGUAUCGUAACCGAUGAGUGGAAGGGUUACACCCGCCUACCGUCGGAAGGUUAUACGCACUACACUGUCAACCAACGUAGGGGCUUCGUGAAUCCCACAACGGGACGGCAUACGAACGCCAUAGAGGCCUACUGGAGCAGAUUAAAGAGGAAGCUGCAGGAGUCUGGACGUGUCUGUGGCAGAGCAGUGUGGGCCCACCGAGAUGAGGUUCAGUACCGCCUAUGGUUCGACCUAAGGGCCGACAACAUGGCAGACUCCUGGAAAACUUUCCUACGACAUUGGGGAGAAGCGUAUCCAAUUGAAGAGAGCCAACCAACGGUGACUGGAUAAGCUAACCAACGGAGGCGCAUACCGAAGACGUGAAGGCAAGUCUCUGUACUUCCUCCAUUUUCUCUCCAUGCCUACCUACAGUGAAUGCAGCCGUUACCUACUGGUGAUGGGAAAGCUGGCGAUUGAGGAGAGCCUGCAAACGGCGAUUGGAUAAACUAACCAACGAAGCCGCCGACGGAAGACAUGAAGGUAAGUCUCCGUACCUCCUCCACUUAGUCUCCAUGCCUAUCUACAGUCCACGUGGCUGCAGGUAACGACCGCAUUCAAUUGGAUACGCUUCUGCCCAAUGUCGUAGGAAAUUUUCCCAGGAGGCUGCCAUGUUGUCGGCCCUUAGGUCGAACCAGAGGCGGUACUGAACCUCAUCUCGGUGGGCCCACACUGCUCUGCCGCAGACAAGGCCAGACUCGUACAGGUUCCUCUUUAAUCUUCUCCAGUAGGCCGCUGUGGCGUUCGUAUGCCGUCCCGUUGUGGGAUUCUCGAAGAUCCUACUGUGGUUGACAGUGUACUGCCCUCUAAACGGGCCACGUGUUAGAUGCGCUGUACCAACACGGGGGCCACAUCGGACUCUGGCAGGCGUUAUCUGUGCGCAAUAACAAAUGCCAACAUUUGCGGGGUGCGCUGGUGGACCCUGUUGUCGGCAUUCGUCGCACAACUGGACCACUGCCGCCACCCCGUUGUUUUGUGGUCAGCUCCUGGUCAUUUGUGUGUGGACCAGGGGGUGCGGAGUGGAGCGCCAAGGCGAGGAUCCGUCCGAGCCAUCCACCUGUGGCCUCCCCCGUCUCCGGUCUUUUUGACUUGGUCUUGACACCGGGCUUAGGCGGGGGAGGAGGAGAGAGUGUAGGUAGAUGCUACGCAAGUCUACUGGCACUAUAAACCCCUGCGUAAGUCACCGUCCCUGCUCCCACAAUGCAGUCUGUGGGGCACACGGUGGACAUCCUCGAAAUCGACGGUCGAACUGUCGGGUGUAACCCUUCCACUCAUCGGUUACGAUAACACUACCAGCAGCCACCCACUUCCUUAUGACGGGCCUUAGGGCCUCCCAGCUGCGGUUGUUAUCCUGCUCAAAUAGGGCUUUCCGCCUGCGUGUAUCGUACAUACCGACGACCCACAACUGGCACCGCGGUCGUCCUCUGUUAUACUUGCGGCGACUUAUGAGCGUCUCGUCUAUCUGUACUUCCACGCCUGGUUCCCCAAUUUGGGUUACGGCUGAUAGAAGUGCGUGUGAGCAGGCCCCGCGGCAAAUGCCGUACCAUUCCAUGGCAGUAUUUCUACUGACACCUACACUUGCCGCACACCGCUUGGCCCGCACACCUUCGACGAACUUGUAGCAUAUACGCAUCAGUGUCUGCAGACUGAGCUUACUACCAACGAACAUUGACCCCGUCCGCAGGCACCGCUUCCGUCUGCAGUGUCCACAACGGAAUGCAUAACCGUCCGUAUGCUGCGGCAACACUUGCAUCUGCACAGUACGCCGACAUCGACAUGCUAAGGUGGUGGCCAGCAACCACCACCGCUGCAGGUACUGAACGACACCUGAUGAAUGAAGGACAGCUUGUAUUUCAUCCUCGGCCGUCGGUAUAACCCGCUGAGGACGGCACCUACGUCCACCAGCAGUCGGUGAGGAUCUAGAUAUAGAACUGUAGAAGUUUACAAUACAGCAGGUGUCAACUUAUACAUAUCCCCCACCAACCGACGAACUCGCAGACGGAUAUCGUGAAGGUAAGCAUCUGUACUUCCUCCAUUUGCUCUCCAUGCCUACCUACAGUCAUUGUGACCAUUACCUCCUGACGAUGGUAGAGGUGGCGAUCGAGGAGACCCAACCAACGGCGAUUGGGCAAGAUAACCAACGAAGGUGCAGACGGAAGACGUGAAGGUAAGCAUCGUUACUUCCUCCAUUUGCUCUCCAUGCCUACCGACAGUGAAUGUGGCCGUUACCGGCCGGUCAAAUAGAGAGCCGGCGAUUGAGGAGAGCCAACCAUCGACGAUUGGAGAAGCUAACCAACGAACGCGCAGACGGAAGACUGGAAGGUAUGACUCUGUACUUCGUCCACUUACUCUCCAUGCCUACCUACAGUGCCUGUGGCCGUUACCUGCUGGCGAUGGGAGAGCUGGCGAUUGAGGAGAGCCAACCAAGGACGGUUGGAGAAGCUAACCAACGAAGGCGCAGACGGAAAACUUGA